AUGUCAGACCAAGCUCGCAACGUCCUGACUCCUCUGAAUCGCCUUGCAAAGAUACAGCAACAGUUGAUGUCCGACAAAAUGGGAGACAUCGGUGUCACCGCCUUUGCCAAGGAGCAUGUUCCACAAGCACCAGAAGAUCCGUUGUUCGGCUUAAUGGCCGCAUACCGAAAGGAUGACUUCUCGAAGAAAGUGGAUCUUGGCAUUGGAGCAUAUAGAGACGACAAUGCUAAGCCUUGGGUACUUCCUGUCGUCAAACAGGCCGAUGAAAUCUUGAGGAAGGAUCCAACGCUCAAUCAUGAAUACCUUCCAAUUGCUGGCUUGGCCGAUUUUACAAAUGCCGCCCAAAAACUCAUCUUGGGUUCGGGCAGCCCAGCAGCGAAAGAGAAGAGGGUAGUUUCGUUGCAAACAAUCUCAGGCACUGGAGCCGUCCACCUCGGCGCUCUGUUCCUUUCACGUUUCUACCGACGCCCCUCAGAUCAACCCAUCUACUUCUCCUCCCCGACAUGGGCAAACCACAAUCAAAUCUUUACGAACGUCCACCUUCCUAUCAAGACCUACCCCUACUUCUCCACAGAGACCAAAGGUCUCGAUUUCGAAGGCAUGAAGUCCACCAUCUCCCAAGCUCUAGAAGGUAGCAUUAUCCUGCUACACGCAUGUGCACACAACCCUACCGGUGUCGAUCCUACUCGAGAUCAGUGGAAAGAGAUAGCCAGGAUCAUACGAUCCAAGAAGCAUUUUCCCUUCUUCGAUUGCGCAUACCAAGGCUUUGCCUCUGGUGACCUUGCAAAUGACGCGUGGGCUGUGCAAUAUUUCGUCUCAGAAGGAUUUGAACUUUGCAUUGCACAAUCGUUCGCCAAGAACUUCGGGCUCUAUGGCGAGCGCGCUGGCGCCUUUCACUUUGUCACAACGGAGCGAAAUCAGCAACCCCCAGCGUAUGGGGCGCGUAUCGCCAGCUUGAUUUUGAACGACCCAGCCUUGUUUGAAGAAUGGGAAGCUAAUUUGAAGACGAUGGCCGGUAGGAUCAUCGACAUGCGAAAAGCUCUCAGGUCAAAACUUGAAGAAUUGAAUGGGAAGCCAGAAAGCUGGAAGCACAUUACUGACCAGAUUGGUAUGUUCAGCUUCACUGGUCUAACGGAGAAGCAAGUUUUGAAGAUAAGAGAAGACGCGCAUGUCUAUAUGACGAAGAAUGGUAGGAUAUCGAUGGCUGGUUUGAACACAGGAAAUGUGAACUAUGUGGCAGAAGCGAUCGACAAGGUUGUAAAGGAGGUGUAA